AUGACGAUUGAAAUUUCGAAAGAUGUGAGGAUCCCCGGGGUUGGCAGUCAUGAGGAGUUUGAGAAGUGGAUUGCGGGUCAGCACAUAACGGGGGAUGUUUCCGUUGGUGAGAGUUUCGGGGUUGGUUUAUUCUACAAAGGCCAAACCAACGACAUAGCCGAGGAUUCAAUUGUCCUUCGAGUUCCUUCCCUGUCGGCUCUCAAUAUGGACACGUUGUUGGACCUUCUUGGGGAGUUGAAAUUGAGGGACAAGGAGCUGCAUGUGUCACUAAAGGAGUCCGAAUUGAUCAUCAAGUUCCUUGAGAUACUUAAUCCAGGGACAGAGACAAUUAUUUUGUUGGCAUAUCUUUUGGCGUUUGAGUUCUUGAGACAAACAGGUGAUAGAACGUCCGUAUAUUACUCGACAUCGCCAUUGAGGACGUGGGAUACAUAUUUGGAUAUCCUUUUGCUGACAAAGGUGUUUCUGUUUGAUGUCAGCAAUGAUAAUCCAUAUGCAUCCAGUUUUGUCGAAUUGCGUGGAAUAGUGUUAGCAGAGUAUGAGGCUUUCAUUGCAGAAGCAAAAGAGAAGCUUCCCAAUGUCAAUGUUGCCAACAGAAUAUCUUUUGAUAAAUUUUUCCAGCUAUUCCUCGCUGUAAGAUCAAGGUCACUAGAGGUUCCAAAAGAGGUUGAAGGAGGAAACCCUGAUUCAGAGUUCCAAACAGAUGUCACUUUAGUCCCUGUGUUGGAUUUCGCAAACCAUAAUCGUGAUAAUAACGCCUACUUUGAUGUUGAUAGAGAAAACAAUGAUAUCGUGUUGAAGGUAAAGAAAGAGGCAAUUACAAAGGAGCCAUUUGAAGUCACCAUUAGUUACAAUCCGGUCGACACGAACCCCGAAUUUUAUCUUACGUAUGGGUUUCGAUCUGCAGCUCAAUUACAGUGA